AUGCAUUUGGACAUCAGGGGGCAGGCAAGGUCUGUCCUGGACGGCACCGCAUUGGUGGAUGUGGGCGUUACCACAUUGGUGAAUGUGGGCAUCAUCUUAGAUGUGUGUAGAAGUCUUCUAUACACAUCUAUGGGCGUCACCGCAUUGGUGGAUGUGGGCGUCACCGCCGUGGCCCCAGCAAAUCUCCUCCUGCCCCAGCAGCUGCAGUGCAGGGGGCUGCCUAACAUGGGCAACACGUGUUACAUCAACGCCACCCUUCAGUGUUUGCUCAGUGGGCAGUCCUUUUGCACGCAGCUGCGCCGGCAGGAGGAGACGGUGAGGGAGGGCCCAUCAGCACUGCUGAUCAGCUCCCUGGUGGGUGUCUUGGGCCUGAGGACAUCCUCCGACAGGGAGCUGAAGAGGGCAGUGCUGAUGGAGCUGAAGCACUUGGUCUCCCUGCGCAACCGUCGCUUCGAGGGGAACUCCCAGAACGACGCCCAUGAGUUCCUCUUGGAGUGUCUGCUGGGCCUGAGGGUCAGGGGGCGUGACCUGGGGGACGUGGCCACUCAGUGCCCAGUGGACACAGUGCUCUCGUUCCAGCUCCUGCAAAUAAUAUCCUGCAGGAGCUGUGGACUUGAGAGCAGGAGGGAGGAUAACGUGACCUAUAUCUCCCUCCCGAUGGUUGCGCAGGGCUCCGUCCGAAGCUGCCUGGAGCACUAUUUCACCGCCAGCCCGGUGGAGUUCAGGUGUGAGUGCGGGGGGCAGGAGUCGGACAUGAGGAUGCAGCUCCACACCCUUCCUAAGGUGUUAAUCCUGCAGCUCGUCCGCUUCUGCCCCUUCACCCUCAACAAGACCGAGGACGCACUCCACCUGGACACAGAGCUCCAGGUCAUGCCGAGGGCGGAGGGCACGGCUGUGUCAGCGCCAGCUCAGACAGGAUCAGGCCACUGCUCUGCUGCCCACUCUCCAGGCAAGUGGCCGACCAGAACGGACGGAGGGAAAUACAGACUGUCGGCCAUUGUCUCCCACAUGGGGGAUACAAUACAGAGUGGACAUUAUGUCGCUGACUGCAGGGAGGCGGGGGGCCAGACCUGGGUCCACUACAAUGAUGAGGAGGUGACCCCAGUCACUGAGGAGGCUGUCUUGGAGGGCAGGGCCAAGACAGCCUACAUGCUCUUCUAUGAACGCAAGGUCUGGCCCCCCAACAUGAUCACCAGCACCACCAUCACCUCCAUCACCGCCAGCCACGGACACCACCACCAUGGCCACCAUGUUAACCACCAUCACCGCCAGCCACGGCCACCACCAUGGCCACCAUGUUAA